CACCACGGCAACCAUGAAACGUCAAAACUGAAAAAAAAACACUAUCGAACAACACGCACACAUUUUCUUCGCGAUUUUUUCCUAAUUUUCGUUAAAAAAUCGUCAUUUUUGGUCAUAUUGAAUCGCUGGAAUGACUUCAGCAACACCACAGGGUGCCAACCUUCUUUAUGGACUGAGAAAGUCGACCAAAUUCAGCAAAGGCCUUGGAGCGCUUCUGCCUCCGGCGUACCGAAAGUUUUGGGUGGAAUGGAAGCAGCAGCAGCCGGCAGCAGUUCACUACGUUCCGAAGGAUGGCAUGUUCCAACGGGAAGACGUGACGGGUCUUGUGACUCCCAUCCAGAACGUGCCGCUACCCCUGAUCGAUCCACCGGAGGCACACCACGGCAUCUGGGGCGGUGAGGCGGUCAUCAAGGGCUUCCAGAAGCGUAAUCAGUACAAACGACGAGUACCGCACUUCUGGGUGCCGGUUUUACGCCGCUCGGUCGUACACAGCCGGGUACUGAACGACUACAUGGCCGUCACCGUUACGGACCGAACGCUCGAGCAAAUUCACGAUCACCACGGGUUCGAUCACUAUCUGCUGAAGACGCCGGCCUGCGAUCUACGGUCGAUGCUGGCGAUUAAGCUAAAGAAGAAAAUCCUGGAAGAACUGGCUGCCGGUUGUCCGAAGCUAGCGUCUGAUCCGAUCAAGCAGCAGGAGUACCUUCGCGAAUAUGCCUGCUACCUGGAACAGUACACGCCGGAAGAGAUCGAAUGGUACGGACUGACGUACGGUGAAGCGAUAUCGAAGGUAAAGGCACUGACCGAGGAAACGGAAUCCCAAAUGCCCCAGAAGAUACUCUUCCGUCAGCAGCUGAUCGAGCAGCUCAAGGAAGCUGGCAUCCGGGAGGCUCAGGAUGGUGAUUCGGAAGCAAUGAAAGGUCUCAAUGAUUCCUCGUCCUCCUCUUCAUGGUUAUCGAAGCUCAGCUUUAAGCCGAAAAACUGGUGAAUAUCGAUCGGCACUGGAUGGCAAUGGGUGCCAGCCGAGAGAGUCAACCAACUUAGCGCAGCGCUUAGUAACGAUGGUAGUCACUGCCUGGACUAGGUAAGCGAGUCAGGACGAUUAUGAACAGACGCAAACACACAAAGACACAAGAGACAGAUGCGUCAACUGUUACAUAGGUUUAUCUUAAUAAAAAAAACCAAAAAUUUCCCCGCAAAGGAAUCAAAUUGCACUAAAUUUCGGUUCAUCGCGCACGGAACCCCGUCGCCUGAGAGUAAUGCGCAUCUGUUCUAGUCCCUCGACAGUGUAAGCUGUAUCAGUGGCAGUACCUUCACCGAGGACAAAUCGGAUAGAAUCGCUUCGAUGUUCUCCAGCGUUGCCACCUGCAUGAGGCUCUCUCGUCGAAAGCUCAGUAUAAUGAUGGCCAGUAGUGACAGUAUCUCCAGGCUGUCGUAUCCGAGUAUCAGAUCCCACAGGAUAAGCAGCUGCUCUGGAGGCAGGUGACCACUGAAGGCCCUCAUCAACCACUUGAACACGACACGAAUCCUACCGCCGAUCAGGGAAUUUAAUCAAAGAAAUCAAAAGGAGGACUUCAAAUAGGCACCCUUGUCAGCACUUACGGUUGUAUCUGUAGCUCGCGGAAGUGAGACCAAAGCUGUGGUUCGUGUGUUUGCAGCAGCUUCUCGAACAGCAGGCACAAGCUAACGAUGCCCUGCGAGUGCGUGUUUAUCGUGGUCAGACGGUGGCAGUAGCGAACGUAGAACGCCCGAAAGGUGUAGUACAGCGAAACAGGAUUAUCGUACAGGUAACAGAACGGAGCGGCUAGCAUGCAGAUGCCAUGGAAAGGUACAAAGCCACACGGCGGACCCUCGUACUGCUUCGCUUUGGCGGAAUUGGUAAACUCCACCUGUAUCAGUUGACUGAUCUCUGUGUCCCGGCUAAAGCACAGCAUUAUCUACAAGAAACAAGAUCGGGGCAUCAUGCUAUGCUUGUGGACGAUGAACAGUGGCAGCCAUCCUAUCCAUACCUGAUACAACACAUCCUCAAACACAAAGUAACGAUCAUCAUUGGUUGCCGUGAGCUGCACAUCCUUGAACACCAGCUUAUCAACGAUUGAUUCAUUCGUCAGCACCGAUUGCCGCAGGCUCUCCCAGUGUUCCACAUGCUAGUUUCAUUGAAGAAAAGGGGAAAAAAUCAUUCUCAGAAGGAAGAAAGGUGUAUGGGUGGAAGGACGAAACGUACAUGCUGCUCCACGUGACUUCCGAGAACGUAGGCCCAGAGCGCACCACGGAGUGGCGGUGGAGUUACACCCUUUUUUAGCGCUUGCUGGCACAGCGGAGCAUGGCGCGUUUUAAGGAUCUUCUGGCACGUGGUCGACCAGUCACCGAACGUGUUAUCGUUGCGCAGCAGCUCAGAGAAGUGCACGCGCAGUUCAAACAGGUUCUUCACGGUAAGCGAGAUAUGCGAGAACUCCCAUUUUGGUAGAAAGCUGUAAGAAAGACAAUUGUAGAGAUAAGA